GCAGGAUCUCGCCACCCUCCUCCUCCUCCUCCUCCUCCUCGCAAACUCUAACAGUAUAAAACUCAUCCGCUCUCUGAGCUCUUCACUUUGUCCUCUGGGGUUGAAGCAGACAGACGUCCUCCUGAACCUUCAUCGCCACACAAAAUGUCGACCUCCUACAGCAACAGUAUUCGCAGGUCGGGUGGAGGUAGUGGCUGUUACGGCAGUGGCUCCAUGUACGGCGGUGCUGGAGGCUCCUCAGUCAAAAUCUCCUCCGGCGGCUCCUUGUUUUCCAGCAGCGGUGGUAGAGGUGGUGGAGGUGGUGGCUAUGGCUUCAGCAGCAGUGGAGGUGGAGGAGGAGGUGGCUAUGGCUUCAGCAGCAGUGGAGGUGGAGGAGGAGGUGCCGGGUUUGGCUUUGGCGCUGGUGGUGGUGGUGGCGGUGGUGGCAUCGACAUCUCCGCCAACGAGAAGGCCACCAUGCAGAACCUGAACGACCGUCUGGCCUCCUACCUGGACAAGGUCCGCAAGCUGGAGACGGCCAACGCUGCCCUGGAGCUGCAGAUCAGGCAGUUCCUGGAGAGCAAGAGCUCCCCGUCCUCCAGAGACUACAGCGCCUUCUUCACCAUCAUCGCAGAGCUGCAGGGGAAGAUCCAGGACGCUACCCAAAUCAACGGUAGCAUCUACCUCUCCAUUGACAACGCCAAGCUGGCUGCCGACGACUUCAGGCUCAAGUUUGAGAACGAGCUGGCCAUGCGUCAGUCGGUGGAGGCCGACAUCGCCGGACUGAGGAGAGUCCUGGACGAGCUGACGAUGAGCCGAUCCGACCUGGAGAUGCAGAUCGAGGGUCUGAGGGAGGAGCUGAUCUUCCUCAAGAAGAACCACGAGGAGGAGCUGCUGGCGAUGCGAGACCAGAUGAGCGGCCAGGUGAAUGUGGAGGUGGACUCCCCUGCAGGCCUGGACCUCAAUAGGGUCAUAGAGGAGGUCAGGGAGCACUACGAAAACGCCGCCGCCAAAAACCGCAAAGAUUUGGAACAGUGGUUCCAGACAAAGACAGAGUCGCUGAACAAAGAAGUCGUUGUCAGCACAGAAAUCCUCAGCACGUCCAAAUCGGAGAUCACAGAUCUGAAGCGCGUCCUGCAGUCCCUGGAGAUCGAGCUGCAGUCUCAGCUCAGCAUGAAAUCCUCUCUUGAAGUGCAGCUGGCCGAACUCCAGAACCGUUACUCCAUGCAGCUGUCGGGGUACCAGAUGCAGGUGAGCAGCAUGGAGGAGCAGCUGAUGCAGCUCAGGGCCGACCUGGAGCGGCAGGGACAGGAGUACCAGAUGCUGCUGGACAUCAAGACCCGGCUGGAGAUGGAGAUCGCCGAGUACAGGAGGCUGCUGGACGGAGAGUCCGGCGGCGGCGGCGGCGGCGGCGGCGGCGGUGGCAGCGGCAGCGGCCGCAUAUCCUCCUCAAUGUCCAGCCAGUCCUCCUCCAGCAUGUCCGGCUCCACCUCCGGCUCCAGCUCCACCACCACCACCACCAAAGUGAUCACGGUCACAGAGGAGAUAGUGAAUGGAGAGGUGGUGAGCUCCUCCACAGAGACAAUCAAUCAGUGAGCUGCAACAGCUCUCACUCACAGCUCUCACAGCUCUCACAGAAGCAAACAAUAAAAGUCUGCCGAGG